AUUCAUAUGGAUAAUACAUAAUUGGAGAAAAAAAAGGAUGAAGAAAAACUGAUACAUUAUCGUUUUCUUCUUCUUCUUCUUCCUCCUCAAACCCUUCAAUGGCGCCAACUCUCACUUCAAAUUCCUUCCUCCUAACCACCACUCCCCAUUCAACGCUCAUCACUCGCAAGAGUCGCCACCACUACAGGCCGGUUGUGUUCGCCAAAAAAUCCGCCGACGAUUCGUCGAAUUCGACCCCCUUCUUCAACUUCGAUUUCGACUUCACCAAAUUGCCCGAUGUUAAAUCUCUAGUUCCGGUGGUGGCGGCGAAUCCGUCGUCUGGACUCAAUUUCGGAAACCAGAGGCGCAAAGAUCCAGGCACUGUGUUCGUAGCCGGCGCCACAGGUCAGGCCGGAAUCCGCAUUGCCCAAACCCUACUCCGCCAGGGCUUCAGUGUUAGGGCUGGAGUCCCCGACCUUUCCGCCGCCCAGGAAUUAGCUCGAUUGGCUGUCAAUUACAAUAUCAUUUCCAACGCGGAAUCGAAGCGGCUCAACGCCGUCGAUUCCGCAUUCGAAGACCCGGAAUCAAUUGCCAGAGCCAUCGGAAACGCCAGCAAAGUCGUCGUCACGAUCGGCCCAUCUGAAAACGGCCCCAACGCCCAAGUAACCACAUCCGACGCCUUCCAAAUUAUCCAGGCGGCGGAAUUGGCCAACGUCGGCCACGUGGCUAUAAUCUACGACGGCUCUUCUGCAACCGCCUCCACCAACAACGUUCUCGAUGGCAUCUCUUCCUUCUUCAAUAACCUCUUUGCCAAAUCUCAGCCGCUCACGAUUACGGAGUUUCUGCAAAAACUGGCCACCACCAAUGUCAGCUACACCUUGAUAAAGACGAAGCUGACUGAAGACUACGCCGCCGAGAGUUCGUACAACCUUGUUGUCUUGGCUGAAGGGAGUGCUGGUGCAACCGACUUCAAACAGGUUGCGAAAUCGCAGAUAGCUUCACUGGUGGCUGAAGUUUUCUCCAAUACAUCGGUUGCGGAAAAUAAGGUUGUUGAGGUAUUUACUGAUCCAUCAGCACCAUCAAAGGCAAUUGAUGAACUCUUUAGUGCGAUUCCAGAGGAUGGAAGAAGAAAGGCGUAUUUAGACGCCGUUGCGAAAGCAAAAGCGGAGGAAGAAGCUAUAAAAGCAUCAGAAGAAGCUCGAGAAGCAAUAGAGGAAGCUCGUGAAGCAGCAGAAGCAGCAAGGAGCCUCGAGGGAGAAGUGCAAAAGCUGAAACAAAAAGAAGCAAGAACUGCGAGCGUGGCAGCCGAAGCUCAAAAGAAAGCAGAAGCUGCAGGUGCGUCGGUCGAGAGUUUCUUGAGUAAAGCCAAAGGCAUGACAUCGGGCAUGACAUCAGGCAUCCCGUCAGGGUUAUCGUGGGAAACAUUGAGUUCUCAGAUUAAAUCAGCCGUUCAAAAGACCGACGACGAGGAACCGAAAGUGAGGAUUGCUACAGUUAGAGGACAGGCUAAGGCUCGAUCUCUGCCUUCUCUAAAGGCGGUAGUGAAGAAGCCACCCCCUAAACCUAAGGAUACUCCAAAACCAAAAGCUAAAGAAACGGAGAAACAAACGAGGAACGUGUUUGGAGGUUUAUUUAAGCAAGAAACCAUCUAUAUAGAUGAUGACUAGAGUUAUUACGUGUGUGCAUGCGUGCUAAGAGUAUAAAUAUCUUUUCGAGGUAUGUAUGUAUUUCGGAUAAACCCCUGUCCAGAAUUUGAAAUGCAAAAAACAAAGGUGUUUUACUGACACCAACUGGAUAGGCAACAUAAAUUAAUUUCUUGUCUAUAGAUAAUUUCUUUGCAAACUCACGUUUUUUUUUUUGUGGAUGUCGAAUGGAUGUUUACAUAAAUUAUUCCGCUGAA